AGUGAGGCGGAUGUUGAUGUUUUGCUGUGCGUGUUCCGUCUGAUUUGUUCAUGUCUCGGUUAAAGGAGAAGUUAUUUAUUUUUAAAUCCCGUUGGUGAUUUAAACGGAAACUUUGUUCACUCCGGGACUGUUUGGGGCAGCGGGGGGAUCAGACAGGACAUGAUGGAGGACUUUGAUGAGAUUUACGAGGAGGAAGAAGAAGAGGAGGAGGAGGAUGAAGGCCGGGCAGCGGAGGAGCAGCUGCUUAAAUUCGGUCCUGAGCCGGUGCUGGUGCGCGGAGCAGGCCGGGCUACAGUGUUUGGACUGAGCAAUAAAUUCGAGACAGAGUUUCCCUCAGCACUUACAGGGAAGUUAGCACCUGAGGAGUUUAAGGCGAGUAUAAACAGGGUGAAUGGCUGUCUGAGGAAGACGUUACCGGUGAACGUACGGUGGCUGCUGUGUGGGUGUCUGUGCUGCUGCUGCACUCUGGGAUUUAGUCUGUGGCCUGUCGUUUGUCUCAGCAAACGGACACGCAGAUCCAUAGAGAAGUUACUGGAGUGGGAGAACAACCGCCUCUAUCACAAGUUGUGUUUGCACUGGAGACUUAGUAAACGGAAGUGUGAAACCAACAACAUGAUGGAAUAUGUGAUUCUAAUAGAGUUCCUUCCCAAGAUUCCCAUCUUCAGGCCGGAUUAGCAGCUGUACACGCUGCCCUCUGCCUAAGGUGCCUUUCUCUGAAAGAAUCACCGUCCUCUACAUCCAAACCUGAAAGAGACAAUCACACCGGCUGCGCUGUAUCGGACCGGACUCAGACUAUUCAUUUAAUUAAGGAAGAACACUAAAGUGUCCUAGACUUUUUUUGGACGGUCCACUUUGCAGCCGGAUCCCAGUGAUGCAGCACAGGAUUUUUUUUUUUUUCUUUUGUCCUUUUUUUGUAGGAGUUUAAGUAAGUAAAACUCUUACAGGUUUUAUUUUAUUACAAUUUUUACUGUUUAGUCACGUUUACCUGCUCUGUCAAAGGAGCAGCUGAUGUUUGUUGAUUUGUGUGUGUGAUUUUUUUUUUUGUACCUGUCCGUCCCCCAUGUAAUAGCAAUCAAGAAAACAUAAGGGAAAAUUUCUGGACAAAAAUUUUGUAUAUAUAUUUUAGUUUCACAUACUCCAUAAAUCAUCUCUUGGGUUUUGAUAGAUUGGGAUGGUGUGAUUUUGCUCUUCAAAUGAAUGUCACAGUCAAACCAGUCCCAUUCAGCUUUAGCCCUGUGCCCCCUACAGGUGGUAUUCUAGAACUUGUUCUUGUUGCAUUCUGCUUGGAUAUGAAGCACUAAAUAUUGUGUAUCGAAGUACUGAUGCCUACAGAAACCUUGAACACAAUCUGGAUUGAAGUCUUGUUGGGGAUUUUGGUCGCCUUGCAUCAUUGCAGCAAAGGCGCACCAACAACGCCCGACUACUGUGGCCAAAAUUCUGAGCCCAUUAACGAUCAAGCUUCUAUUUUGCAUUUUGCUCAAUUUUAAAUAUGUCCAUAUUGCAGUUAAUGUGCUCUGUGCAGUCCUUGGUCUGAGGACAACAAUGAUAAUAAUACUUUGGACUAUUUGAGCUCUUUCAAGAAAAUCUAGCAAGCUGAAUAGAUUCCCCACUGCACCUUUUUGGAGUUUUACUGUGGUUUGUGGGCCAUAGAAAUGACUAUUGGUGGAAACAAUUUUUUUGUCCAGGCAUCUUGCUUUAAUAUAUAAGGAACCAUUCUGCAAUUUUAAAGAUGUUAACCAAAGCAGUUAGUAUAAUUGUAAUAGGAUGCUAAAUGGUUCCUUUGAGCCGCCUUUUCAAUUUAAGGAACCCUCACACCAAACACAAGGUCAAAUUAUUUAUAGCUGGGUUACCUUAAAUAACCAAGCAUCAACUUUCCCUACUAAGUGAACCUAAUCUGUAUUGUGUGUGUGUGUGUUUGCUUUCUUUUUCAAAUGACCCCACCUCUGUUUUUCCUCAUUUUAAAUUUGAUUGCUUAAAAAGUAUUUACGUACUGUGUAUGUACAGAAAUAAAACGCCUAAAUGUU